CUGGUAGAAGUGCACGACUAUACAGGAUCUUUACUGGACGCUGGCAAACAAAUUGACGUGAUCUACAUGGAUAUGUCCAAAGCCUUUGAUAAAGUUAACCACCAAAUUCUUAUUCAUAAACUUUACAACUGCUUUGGCAUCUCUGGUAGUUCACUUGGUUGGUUCUCCUCCUACUUGUUGAACAGAAGGCAGCGUGUGAUUGUUCUAGGGGCUACAUCAUCUGAAAAACCUGUAUUGUCUGGAGUCCCUCAAGGUUCUAUCCUGGGUCCAAUACUCUUUCUCCUUUAUGUUAACGACCUACCUGAUGUAGUGAAUAAUGCAAAAGUAGCUUCUUUUGCUGACGACACAAAAUUAUUCAAGUGUGUCGAUUCUCACAUAGACGGUGCCUCGAUUCAAAGUGAUCUUGAUAAUCUUGAGGAGUGGUCGACUUCUUCUGGACUUGUAUUUAACCAAAAUAAUAGUGUCAGAGAAUUACCAGGAAAAAGACUACCACCGAAUUCCCCUAGACCAUCAAAAACAAAACCCUCGCAAUGA